GACGACUCCCCGAACCCGGCGAACACAAUGGGAAGCGUGUGGAAGCGGUUGCAGCGCGUCAACAAGCGGGCGGCCAAGUUUUCCUUUACCGUGUCCUACCAUGAGCUGUUCAUGGAGACGACCGCCAAAUGGCGCCCCAACAAAUUGCAUGUCGUGUGGACACGCCGUUCGCGCCGCGUCCAUUCGAGCGCAUUGGAAUGGCAACCGGAUCUAAUCAACCCGCUCAGCAGCACCAUGUCCUGGCCGAUGCCGGACAACCACACGAUCGCCGUAACGCUCUUCAAAGACAUCCGGACGCACGAGCUGGAGGAUAAGGAUUGGACGUUCGUGCUGGAGGAUGUAUCGCAGCUUGGGAAGAAGAGAGCACUCGCAUCGGCCACCAUCAACAUGCGCAAGUACGCCAGUAUUGAGUCAACCCAGCAAACGUUCACACUGCGAUUGCGCCCAGUUUCGAAGAAAAUACUAGCGGCCAACUUGGAACUAACGCUCAGUUGUGUGUUUCUUCGCGAGGGGAAAGCGACCGAUGAGGACAUGCAGAGCAUCAUCUCGCUAAUGUCGGUGAACAAUGUUUCCGACAUUGCACCGCUCGACGAUCUCGAGGACAUUCCGGACCUGGAGAAUUCGAUCGACUUUUCCGAGAACAUGUCAGAGCUUACAAAUCAACUCGAGCAACUGACGACGAGUCUAAACAGCUCGGAACUACUAACACCGAUGAGCGGUGUACCAUCGUUGCUUUCCGACGAUCAAACACCGAUCGUAUGUGGAUCACGCGAAAUGUUCCUGGAUAUGUUGCAAGACCGAGAGGACGAAGCAAAACGAGAAUUGGACGAGAAUGAAAACAAGCACUCACUACACCGACCGAAAGAGGAGGGAAGUGGUGAGUUGGGUGCACAAACAUCAUCGUCUCCUAGUCAAAAGGAAACCGAAGCGAGCCACAGCAUCCCCGAAACGGUACGUGCGUUAGCAGAGCGGGAAGAUGAAGAGGAGGACCAGCUAGACAAACAACUGGACGCGCUGGGAGUUUUAGAAGAUGAAGAGGAUAAUGACGAUGCUUCCGGACGUUCUACGCCGAUCGUCGCGGCAUCACAUCGUUUGCCAACACCGGAACCAAUUGCAAUACAAACGGAGAAGAAAUCGUCUUCACCCGAGCCACCGAAAGCUUCACCCUACGAUGGUAAAUCGUUCAACAGCAGUCGAUCGGAUCUUAAACCGCUUAACUUAGUCAAGAGCUACGAUAAUGAACCGACUGAAGUGGACAAGCACAGCACAACCGCAUCCGAACGGGAAGCGGAAGAAACUGCGGAUGUAUCGUUGGUUCCACCGAUACGGACGGUACCGUUGCCACUAUCGGCCGGUGGAGAACUGUUGAAACCGCUUGGAACGUUGAAGGAUAGUACACCUGGGCAGGAUUUGCUCGAAUGGUGCAAAGAGGUGACGAAAAACUACAAUGGCGUAAAGGUGACAAAUUUGACCACGAGUUGGCGCAACGGGAUGGCGUUCUGUGCGGUGAUACAUCAUUUUUAUCCUAAUCUUAUUGACAUGACUAAACUGUCCCCUGGAAAUGUGAUCGAAAACUGUCGUACGGCGUUCGAUGCGGCGGAGAAGCUUGGCAUUCCGAGAGUGAUUGAACCGCGUGACAUGAAUUUGCUUGCCGUGCCGGAUAAGCUGGCCGUUAUGACGUACCUUUAUCAGCUGCGUGCACACUUUACCGGCCAUCAGCUAGAAGUUCAAUCUAUCGGUGAAACAACGGACGAUUCCAGCUACGUGAUUGGUAACUACAAAUCCGACAAACUGUGUAAAAAUCUGCUCAACCUAACCGAUAUCAUCACGCCCAAUAAUGACGAUCCGUUGGGAACCAAGCCAUCCGUCGAUUCGAAGGCAGCCCUGCUGGCCAACUCCAAGCACUUGCUGGGACGCGUACUAUCCCCUACCAAAGAUAAGCUGCCCAACUUUCCCUUUAGCCUGCUGGACGGGCCACUCGGUCCGGGUCAUGUGGUCAGCAAUGGGCCCAGCACCGACGAGCAUAGUAACGGUAGUAAGCCAACGAAUGGUUUAGCGGGUGGCCAUCAUCAAAGCAGUGUAGAUAGUACCAAUUCUUCUACCACAGUGAAUGAGGAAGAAAGUGCGGAAAAUCGAAACGUUGCUACAACGGUUGAUAGCGGCAUCAGUACAACGACUGUGAAUGGAAAUAGCGCUAGUCCCAAGGAAGAAGAUGACGGUAGAACUGACACUAGCACCGCACAGGAUGAUGGAACGUCCUCCUCGGAUGCCCAAAGACGUGCCCAAAUGGAAAGCAAAUUACAACAGGCUGGUGGUGAUGAUGAAGAAAUUCAAACGUUGCCUCAAACGUUGGACAUAAAUAAGGCGAACAAAUUGAUUUUACGGCACAAAGAAAUGAGUGAACGGGCCAAACUCAUGAUAGAACGGCUUAGAUCAUCGCACGUAGAUAGCAAAGGUGACAAGGAUGCAGCCGAACGACAGGCCCGACUACGUGAGGAGGCCCGGAAAUUAAUUGCCGGAGCAAAGCUAAAACUGUCCGGACUCGAUUCGCCAUCCUCCCCGACGAAGCUGUUUCCCUCGUCCGGUAGUCGUCAGGGGGCUCCACUUUCUCCGGAUCGAGCCAUCUCACCCAUCAACAAUGGUUCCGAGUUUAUCUUUCCCACCGGUCAUCAUCACACUCACAGAAAGGAUGUGUUUUCACCCGGCCAGCAGGAUGGAACAAACGGGAAGGAUAGUAAUGGUCACAACUACAAGUCGACGGACUCGAAUCAUCAUUUACUGAAGCGUGGUACACCGUCGCCGAGCAAGUUGAUAGAGUUUAUGGGACCAAAGAGUGAGGAUGAUGGUGGACAGGUGGAACGUGUAAACUACAUUCAAAGUGAGCUUAACAAAUUGGAACGCGAGCAGGAAGCUAUCGAUCUGAAAGCAAAUGCUCUCGAAAAGAAACUACGCGCUGUGAUGGGUGGAACGAUGACAAACGUUUCCGAAACCGAAGACCAACUGAUGUCACAAUGGUUCACGCUGGUAAACAAAAAGAACGCACUACUUAGGCGGCAAAUGCAGCUUAAUCUACUUGAACAAGAGAAUGAUCUUGAGAAAAAGUACGAAAUGCUUAACAUGGAGCUGCGAGCAGCCCUCUCGAUCGAGGACUGGCAAAAGACGGAAGAGCAGCGCGAGAAGGAAGCACUACUGCUGACGGAAUUGGUGGCAAUCGUCGACAAGCGGAAUGAGUUGGUGCAGAACUUGCACAGUCAGGAACAAGCCAUUGAAGAUGACGAUGAAAUUGAAAGAAAGCUAGAAACGGUAGAUAUUAACCAAAAGGACGAAAAGUGUAUCAUCCAGUGA